CGUAGCUGUAAGCGAUGUAUUGCCCAUGAAGACUUUUCGCUAAAACAGUGUUUUAAGGAAUUUGUAAUGGAUGACAAGGGUUGGAAAGUGUUUCAAGAUAUGUGUCUUUAAGUGUGUUGUACUUUGCGUGUAUUAGUAACGCCUACAAAAUAGGGAAUCUCGCCGUAAACGAGAGGCAGCGCGAGUCCCAUCGGUGCUGCCUACCCACCAUAUUUCUUGAUAACUGGCCUGAUGCCAUGGGUUGUUUUGGAGGUGGGGGCUCAAAAGCGGACCAUGAAGAAAGUAAAAAGAAUAAGGAGACAACAAAAAGGAUAGACGCACAAAUCCGGAAGGAUAAACAGUUGUACAGAGCAACACACAGAUUGUUAUUACUAGGUGCCGGAGAAUCGGGAAAAAGCACAAUUGUAAAGCAGAUGAGGAUAUUGCACGUAAACGGAUUUAGUGAAGAAGAGAAAAAACAGAAAAUAGAAGAUAUUAAAAAGAAUAUACGAGAUGCAAUAUUAACAAUUACGGGUGCAAUGAGCACAUUGACGCCUCCCAUUGCUCUGGAGCAUCCGGCCAAUCAGAACCGAGUGGAUUACAUCCAAGAUGUUGCUUCACAGCAUGACUUCGAUUAUCCUUCGGAAUUCUACGAACACACGGAAAUAUUAUGGAAAGAUAGAGGGGUUCAAGCUUGUUUUGAAAGGUCAAAUGAAUACCAGCUAAUCGACUGCGCAAAAUACUUCCUAGACAAAGUGCACAUAAUCAAACAACCGAACUACACACCUACUGAACAGGAUAUCCUGAGGUGUCGGGUUUUAACAUCGGGUAUAUUUGAAACAAGGUUUCAAGUGGAAAAAGUCAAUUUUCAUAUGUUUGAUGUGGGUGGGCAGCGGGAUGAGAGACGGAAAUGGAUUCAAUGUUUCAAUGACGUGACCGCCAUCAUCUUUGUGACGGCCUGUAGCAGCUAUAACAUGGUUCUUAGGGAAGACCCUACACAGAAUCGGCUAAGAGAAUCUCUUGACCUCUUUAAAAGUAUUUGGAACAAUAGGUGGCUGAGGACAAUAUCAGUGAUUCUAUUUCUCAACAAACAAGACUUGUUGGCUGAGAAGAUAAAGGCUGGAAAGUCACGUCUAGAGGAAUAUUUUGCUGAUUUUUCACGAUAUCAGACACCAAUAGAUGCGACAGCUGAGCCUGGCGAGGACCCUGAAGUGAUCCGAGCCAAAUACUUCAUUCGUGAUGAGUUCCUGCGUAUCAGCACAGCAAGUGGGGAUGGGAAGCAUUAUUGCUAUCCUCACUUCACAUGUGCGGUGGACACAGAGAACAUCCGGCGUGUGUUCAAUGACUGCCGUGACAUCAUCCAGCGCAUGCACCUGCGCCAGUAUGAGCUGUUGUGAUGUCAUGGCAAUAGCACAACUGUUGCCACUACUACCACACAGCAACUGCAGCAGGUCAGCAUUACAGACACCACCAACACAGCUACUGUUACCAUUAUCACCAGUCAUUACUAUCGUCGCUGUUAUAAUCACCACCAUGUCACCACUGUUAUCGCCACAGUGGCAACCACCGAGGGAAGGGGGAGGGUUCAUGAUCAUAAAAGCUUUGUCAUGGAUGUCUUAUCACUACAGUUUUAUUCAUGGUAAUAAUUUAGUGACGUUUCCUUACAUACACAAAGUGUAUACACAAAAGUAUAAAGGUGGCUUUGAAAUGCAAUCCGUAGAUUGCAGACUUUUCUCAGCUAUGAAUUCAAAUAAAUCCGUAUUGGCUGUUCUUUCAGGCCAGAAUAGAAAGGUUCAAGAAUUUUUAGCAAGGGUUAUUUUUAAUAUUUUAUUGGUAUUGCUAAUCUCUGAAGUGGGUCGCUAUGCUGUAGUGCACAUUGUCACACUUUUCUACUGGAUCCCAUCUGGAAGUAAAACUGGGAAAAUGUGCUAUGAGAGGUCUGUAAGCAUAACCUUUAUGGUCCAUGUGUUGCAGCUCAUGCAUGAUCCAGCUAGUUGUGCUUGGCCAUGCAUUGCAGUAUCAUAUCACUAGACUCUUGCCCCAGGAGUUACCAUUCUACUUUGCCCCACAGUACAGAUUACUAAAUCUCCUUGUACUGUAUGUUAAAGGUUAAGAAUUGUUUGCCUUCUUUAUUUAUAUAUAUAUUGUUUGAUAAUUCAAAUUUGACACUGUCACAUGGUGAGUCCUGAUUACAUUAUCCAAUUUGUCAGUUUGAUGUCUCCAACAUAAAAUAGUGAUCAUAAAUGGUUGUCACAUAGAGUGUGCUGAUUAUAGAAUAAAUAUACCACUUCACUGAUUUCCUAUGUCUUAAUUUUGGCAGGUUUUGAAAGGAAUGCAUAUUAGGCAGUAUCCCCUUCAUUCUGCAUGUGCAUUUGUAAUGGGUCAUCCAAGCUCAGAGUUAUUUUGCAUCCACUGUAAGUUUCAUUCCAAAAUCAUAUUCUCUUACAGCCAGAGUCAUCGUUGUAGAUAACAGGACUGUUGUUGAAAAUGCUGUCUCUCAGUGAAUGGUUUUGUUUGCAUCUUACAGGUUACUUGCAGGUCAGGAUGUAAUGAUUUUAUUAGCCUUAGUAAUGAUCUCUUUCAUAUUGUAUAUUAUUGGCAGCAAAGCUACUAACUUAUAUUGCAGUGAACUUGGACAUUAAUCUGCUUUAUUUAUUGGAAAAUGUAUUGUUAGAAGAACUGUGUACUAUAAAGAUUUUUAAUUAUAAUCCAGAAGAGUCAUCGAUUGGCCUUGAAAACUGUGUAUUUUAGCUGGAAGAGGUUCAUAGCCCAACCUUGAAUGGUAGAUUGUUCAAUUCACAGUUUUCUAAACAUCUUCAUCUUUCUGGUAAGUGCACCUCUUCAGAGUUUACAUCUACAAAUAAGGUGCUUGCACCUUGUGGAUCAUGAGCAGCUAUAGGAGUUGUUCCAUAGGUCAUAGCUUCCUCAUUCAUAAUAUUUAACCUGGAAUUUCUGAUGUUAAUUUCCAAUACAUUCCCCUGAAACAUUAUAGCGUGGAUGAAAAUUAGUAAUUUUUGGUCUUUGUGUCAGAUGAUAUGUAACAGUGUAAGAAGCUGUUCUCCAAAUACUAAAAUAGAAUUAAAGGAUAUAUAUAACUGCAUUGAAAUUGUGUUAACUCUUGUUAAGAUUCUUGUCCUUAUUUAAAAUACAAACAGGAUUCCAAAUUUGCACCAGUGAAGUUUUAUGAGUAUAAUCUGUGGUGAUAACAGUGACAUCUAUGUUAGAGUAAGUCAUUGUGUACAUUGAAGGAAAGAAAAAUUUAAAUAUUGUAUCAAUAAUGAUUUUUAAGAAUCAUUGCAGAUAUCAUUAAUGCUAAUGUCUGUUGUGUAAUUAUAUUGUAAAAACAAGAUACAUGCAUUGUAAUGGCAACUGUGUAAGGCGUUUAAUGGUAGUCAUGAUUGAAAUUACACUUUUUGUCUUUUAUCUUACCACUGUACUAGUGUGGCAUUUCUGUGCAGUGCUAACAGACGUUUGCUUGAAAUAACAGUGGCUCUCCGGGACUGAAACUCAGCUGAGAUUGGUUUUAAUUUUUAUAAUGCUGCUUAUUUCUAUGAAUAAUUUGGUAAUUAAAUUGUUUGUUAUGUGUAUUUUAAGACCACAACUUGUAGUACAUGUCCCACUUGAGCAACCCUCUUUUCAUAUGUAUGUUAAUGACAUCACUUUUAGCAUACAGAAUUGUUGGAAGGUGCGUCUUAUACUGCCAUAUAUAUUAUUUACUGUGGCAAUUGAGUUUUUGUUCUUAGGACAGCCAAAACCCAAUCUGUUGACUUCCUUGUAUACCUAACCAUAUUUUGUUUUCAAUAGAGUACAUUUGUCAUAUGCUGUGUUGUUACAUGCAAGGUAUAUGUAAGUUGGCCAGUAAGUAAAGACAAUAUUGCAGUAAGUUUAAAAAAUAA